AUGCAAUCGGGGGUAUUCUUCAGCUUUGUCGACUUUUACCUCCAGCACGAGAUUGGGGGCACCUUAUGGGAGCCGCCCUUGAGCAGCUCGAAUGCUGGAGGCAGAAUCCUGUUAUCGAGGCCGAAUCCUAAUCUUAUUAUCCGCCGCCUCGGUCCCCUCUGGGAACAAAGCGACCAAGUCCAACGUAACAUCAUGAACGGCUUCGUCUGCAUGGUUGACCCUGACAACCGCGUUCACCUCACGAGGCUCUGGGAGAAGAUCUUCCGAUACGUCACUGGUGAAAUCGCAGUCGUGAUCGCGACCCAGAUGGUCGACCUCACCGCCCCAAUCGGAGCGUACUUUGAGAUCAAGAAAGACGUGGACGGUUGGUGGCUCCUCCUCUCGAGGGACAGGCAGAACGGGAUCGAACUCAUCUUACACGGGGUCUUUGACCAGUACCGUGAGGAGGUGAAGAUGAGGCUUGUCGAGCUAGAGGAGGCGUAG